AGUUUUCUAUGCACAGGAGGAUUUAACAGAAUUAUAGAAAUCUGAAAUUAUUACCAUUAUGAGAUUGAAGAAUACUAACAUAUUAAAUCUGGAUACGAAGUGCCUGAUAGUGUUUAGAUUAUAUAUUAUAUAACCUAUUGUAUUUUCCCUAUUCUAAUUUUUAGCAUUUAGUUAUAAUAAUGGCUCAACAACUAUCAGGCGUGACUGUGGUAAUAUUUAUUGCUGGUGGUAUAUUGACAUUUAUACUAUUGUUCAUAUUUGCAAAGAGGCAGAUCAUGAGAUUUGCCCUUAGAUCAAGAAGAGGUCCUCAUGUACCCAUUGGCCACGAUGGAAAAAAGACUCUUAAAAGAGAAAUUGAACGACGAAUUGAAGUGAUUCCGAAAAUUUGUUUUGAACCUAAAUUAUUAGCUGUUGAUCAAGAUGAUGAUCGAUCAAAAUAUAUAUUACCACCACCAGCUGAACUCAACGAUAAACCUUUGCCAGCUCAUUAUUAUCGUAUGAAAGCAGUUGAUGAUGUUAAAAAAUUAGAACGAGAAAUUGCCAAACAAGAUAAAACUUUGAUUCGGCAUCCAAAUGAAAACCUUCGUUCAUUUCUAUUAAAUACUUUAGCAGUACUUCUAGAUGGUAGUGGACAACAUAUAGUUCAUCAGUUUUGCGAUCUAUAUGAACAUGCACGAUAUGAUCCAAAUGAAUUUUUGGAAGAAGAAUUCCAGUCAUUCACUAGAUUAAUGAAAAAGUUGAUUGACGUUGCUAAACUUUUGAAAUCAUAUUCAGGUGAAAGUCGAAAAAAUAGUCCCAAUAAAACCCCAACUCGUAAUAAUAAUAUGCAUACCAAUUCCAAUGAUAGCCCCAGAACAAAAGAUGGGGAUUCCAAUCGGUUAAAAGUUUUAUAAAAAUAUUUAUUAUAUUAUUUAGAAUGCUAGAUAAAUGUGACAAGUUUUUCGAACAUCAGGCAACCGUCAACCAUUGACGACAGUGUUCCUAACGACCACCAGCCAUUGCCAACAGCACUCCAUAGUGUCUGCACGAAAUUAACUGUCAAUGAAUAUUCCUAUGGUAUUGCUUAUCUAUAUAUUAUAUAAUCAAUGGUUAUAUUAUUGCUAUAGGUAUUUAAUACUAAU